AUGCUUUCCAAAGUGCGCUCUGUUAUCUCACCACGACAAGCGUCGAACAGCGAUCAGCCCAAGGUCGGGUUGGUGGUGGACAUGGCCGACUCUCAUCUGAUUGGCGGGAUAUUUCCGGGUAAGCGAAUUACAGUACCAAAAGCACAAAACUUUCUGCAAAAUAGACCACGUUUUUAUGGAGGUUGUAGGUCACGCAUACCUUGUAUAAUCAUAGUUGUGACGGGGAAAUUAAUUUUAGAAGCUAUCUGACGUCUCUCUACAAGUUUUAUAAACGUAUUUAAAGCUUAGGAAAGGCUGUUGUAAGGGUGAUAUGUCACUUAUGUGGAGUUAUUGGUGUUUGAGGGCCUUAUCCUCGUAUUAUAAUAGACAGAGUAAGUUGAGUGCGCAGGGAGUGAAAAAAUUGUCAUUACAUAUUGGAAAAACAUGUCAUCUUGAUGAUUAAUCAUUUUUUCAUACUAAAUUUGAAUUUUUCAGUUACAGUAGGCCCUGACAAAGAGGAAUACCCCUAUUCCCGCCCAGAAUUCCUGCAUUUCACGGAAGAAGAUGUCGCUUUGGCCUUGGAUCAACAAGUUCGGCCAGUUUUAUGCCCCAAAUUCCCGAACCGAAUGCCUGCUGUUGCUGGUUACGCUGAAUGUUGUAAUGCCGGGAAGUCGACGUUAAAUGAAGAUCAAGCCGCUGCAAAGAUCCUGCAGUUUCAUCAACAGGGUUACGAGGCCGAAAGCAUGGUCGUUUUGAAUGAUAAAAACAAAAAAAUCAAGAAAGAAGACCGCAAAAAGUCGGACGAAGAUGUCCUCAGCUUUUCGCCCAGCUUGUCGGUGAGUAAUUGGGGUUUUUCUGAUGAUUCGUGUUGAAUAUUUAGAGUGAUGACAGCCCAGGAGUCCCUGAAAUUAAGGCAGCCUACUUUGGAUUAUUCGAUGGGCAUGCUGGGAGUGGCGCGGCAUCGAUUUCAGCCAAUUGUUUGCACGAGCACAUCAAGGUAGGGUUUCAUCGUUGCUGAGAUUACGGUAGUUUUGGUUGUAGAAUCGGAUGAACGAGGUUGUGGAGACCGUUUUGACGCUAUCCGCGAGAGAAACACAUAUGGUCGGGAAGAAGGCGAAGAAGGAGGACCAAUGUAAUCGGUACAACUCGAUUGAUAGCCAAAGUCUUAUAAUCGGGGCUCUGGAAAAGGCUUUUCUGGAAAUGGUAAGACCAAUUAGCUGUUGAUUAGUCUGGAAUCUCAUUUUGAAUUUCAUACGGGUUGAGCUUAUUGCUUGGACCCAGCCUUGAUUUUUGAUCUGCCAUCAAAAAUUUUGUCAUCAAAAAAUAAAAAAUUAACUUCAGGACAACCAAAUCGUCGAGGAGAAGCAAUACGUUCGAAUCGGCGGUGGCUGUGCGGUCCUUGUCUCCCUUUUCUGCCUAAACAAGAUAUUCAUAGCGAAUGCGGGCGAUUGUCGAGCGAUUGUGGUUACCCCAAGAGAAGUUCGACAACUCAGUGAAGACAUGACACCUGUCCGCGAACGGAAACGACUUCAGUUUUUGGCCUACAACAACGAAGACGCGUUGAAUAACUCCUUCUCCAGGUUCGAAUACAGCAGAUUCUUGACUCACAAAGACUUGGGGAGGAAGGUUUUGUAUCGCGAUUACAACAUGGAUGGGUGGACGACAAAAACGGUGAAGGAGUAUGAUCUGCGACCGCCUUUGAUUAGUACACGCAGCAAAAAGGCGCGAUUGUUGAAUACGAUCGGCGUUAGUCGAGGGUUUGGAGAUCAUCAUCUGAUGACCUACGAUGACAAGAUCAGUAUAAAGCCGUUCUUGACAGCUUCUCCGGAGGUAAGGACUAUACUUUAUAAAUAUUUUCUGUAGGGCUUAGAAUUUUGUAAAUGGGUUUUUUUUGUAAAAAUUAUGUUAAAAUUUUUAACAAAAAAUCGGAAAAAAGUUUUGGUUCACCCUAAUAAAAAAGUUCUUUGUAGGUAACAGUGUUCGACUUAUCUACAAUGUCCGAACUAACCGAUUCGGACGUCUUGAUCAUGGCUUCUGACGGUUUAUGGGAUGUGUUGAGCAAUGAAGACGUCGCGAAGAUCGUCCGGACUUGUCUCAGCCAAACAGACCCUUCAGAUCUCACUCGGUAAGACUAAGCCAUCUAAAGUAAGAUAAGUAAUCAUUCAGAUACACAAGUGUCGCCCAAGAUCUUGCAGCUGCUGCACGAGGCAAUCCCAUGGAAGGGUGUAAAUGGCGACUCACCUGGAACAAAGAUACGAACAUAGAGCAUAUAAAAGAGAGCCCCGCCACGUCUAGCACGUCUUACGGGACUCAGGCCUCUUUGGAUGACAUUACAGUGUUCGUGAUUCCCUUGAAAUUCGCCAUAAAUUUACCGAGGGAUGAUGAUGACGAGGAUGAUGAGGAAUUACUCGUAUUUUAG